AUAUAUACGUUUAAAAUUGUGUUCCUUUUCUAGUGCUUCCUAUGAGUAUCCAUGCAGAUUAUACUAAUUAAAUAUUCAAAGAAAUUCUCUCUCCCUAACUGAUUCAUCCAACACGAAUGCCAUGGAUUCCUGGAUAUAAUCAAACCAGAGAUGGGACAUGCUGCUGAAUUUCUUGGCAAGUUGUAAAGAUCUGAAAAAUAGUGUUUAUAAUGGAAAAGCUGACUCCAUGUUAAAUACGUCAUUUCACUGGAAUAGCACAUAGACAAUUUUUCAUAUGCAUUUGCCAUAGGAGAUCUGAAGCCCAUUAGGCUGUGAUGUGGACUGAUUCCUUUCAGUUUAUAUAUAGAGGAAAAAUGUAUGGAGUUUAGGAGCACAAGUGAAGAAGAAACUAUGUCUGUAAUGUGGAAGAUGCCGAUCAAUAGGGCAUGAUUGACUGCUCUGUUAUAACCUUACACAGCAAAGCACUGAAACUUGGUUCCCAUAACUACUGUUAGAGUUUAAAAGCCAUCUGUAAACUUCAGCAGGGACUAGCCAAUGCCCGUAACAAUAUUGGGCUGCUGCAAUUCCGUCAGUGGCACACUGCCAGUGUCUAGACUUUGUCUGAGUCAAACAAACAAACAUUAUAUCAAACACAUUUUGAAGUGAAGAGCUUCACUAGACUUAUUCUCAGAACCUAUAGCUUUAAUAUUUUAAGAAAAAUAUAAUAUAACAUAAAAAUAGACACAAAACUGACCUGUCAGUUCCCACCAAGAGAAGAGUCUCUUGUUUUCACUCUCAGAUGCAAACUUCAAGAAGGAAGCCUGGAAGAUUGUUUAGGAAAUGGCUGAGCGUGUUCAACUGAGGCAAGGACAUUCAACAGAGUGAAGAGAUGCUCAUGAAGAACUUUCAUGAAUGCUACAUAAAAUGUGAGACUCUUUAAGCAUCAAUUUUCUUUUCAUCUGAAAUUCUUGGAUUAAUUAAUAAGACAUUUAAUAAUGAAGCAGGGGAUCUUUUAAGCAAAGACAAAGUAAACUUCAAGUGGGAAAAAUGUGAAAACAAUUCAGAAAAGCAGAGUUCCUGGAGUAAGCACACCAGAGAUUCAUCUGAAUGGUCAUGUAUCUUGCUACAGAUAUCACCAACCUAUCUUUAGCCGCUUUCUGGAAAGACGGUUCAUUGAUACCGGCUCAAUCAGCACAGGAAUUUGUUUGAUGUGCUUAAGAGAUUGGUAACAAUACCUCCUAAUGUGACUGCGUUGCGAGGUGAUAGUGUUUCCUUGGAGACAGCGAAUCCAUACAGCCCCAGCCAGGAUCCUUGCAGGUUACCUCUCUCCAGAGGAUGUAGAACUACCUCUCUGUGCAGGGGCAAAGAUGGGAAGAUAAGUUUUGACUGUAGACAAAUAGCCUUACGCAAGAUGUGAGGAUUUUAUGCAACAGCAAGACAUGUCUGAAAGUUCCUCAGGUCUGACUACAAGCAAUCAAAAAUUCUGUAAAUGCUGUUCACCCUGCUGCUCCACCCUAAAAGAUUCACACACCAUUCCAGCAGUUUUAUCACAAAACAGAGGCUUCAUCAGGCAGAACUGUGAUUCUGGGCUACCUUCGCCACUUCCUUCUGAUACCUUAAAGUAUCUCGGCUGGUGUGACAUAGAGGACCAUGAUGUUCGAGGAAAUCAGCUUCAUUGUCCCCGAGUGAGAGAAGAACCUUCAGAAGAAGAGCUAUUUUUCAGAGGAGAAGAACAUACUUUGAAAAAAAGGAAACAAGUAACUGACACAGAGAAGUGGCAAAAGAAACUGCAGGAGAACUGGGAAAACUGUGCUGAGUUGAACCUUUCAUUUCAGGACCUGGGUGAUCUUUACCAGGUGGAAAACUUCAAAAGAAUCCUCCAAAGAUUAAUUCGGGUGGAAAAACUUUGGUUGGUGGACAAUUCUUUGACAGACCUAAGUGCCAUAAGGUUGCCAAGAUGCAGAGAACUAAAUGUCAAUAAAAACCACUUUACAUCCUUCAAACAGCUGCCAAAGAUACCUCAGAUUCAGCACUUAUCACUCGCUGAAAAUAACAUCAUGACCCUAAGUGGAAUAUCAGACUUCAGACACACUCCACUUGAAUCCCUUAUACUCAAAAGGAAUCCCUGUGAAUUUCAAGAAGGAUACAGACAACUUGUAUUCUCCAGUUUGCCAAAUCUGAAAAUGCUGGAUGGUAUCCCAAAACUGCCAGAGGACUGUUCACCCCCAGAUAUCAGCUUUUUUUUCAAAAUGUGUACUAUACUCUAGCACUGUAUUUUUGUAGGAUUGGAACUGUGCUAGAAUCACCUCACUUAAAAGAUACAGCAAACCCUGUGUAUGGAAGUAUUUUUUUUCUGAUCAAAGAGGUAUUGAAGCAGAAGUAUAAUUUUUUUAAUGUGUUUGUGAUACCACAGACUUCAAGUAAGUAUGGAUAAAUGACAUGUAAAUAGACAAUGUGUA